UUGAGUGAAGUGCAAAAUGAGUGGAAGAGGUAAAACUGGCGGGAAGGCUAGAGCCAAGGCUAAGACUCGCUCCUCCCGCGCCGGGCUGCAGUUCCCUGUGGGCCGUGUUCACAGGCUUCUUCGUAAAGGUAAUUAUGCCGAGCGCGUCGGCGCUGGUGCUCCCGUCUACUUGGCCGCUGUGCUAGAAUAUCUUACCGCUGAGAUCCUCGAGUUGGCCGGAAACGCCGCUCGCGACAACAAGAAGACUCGUAUCAUUCCUCGUCACCUGCAGCUGGCCGUUCGUAACGACGAGGAGCUCAACAAACUGCUCGGAGGAGUCACCAUCGCUCAGGGUGGCGUUCUGCCCAACAUUCAGGCCGUCCUGUUGCCCAAGAAGACCGAGAAGGCGGCCAAGACCAAGUAA